UUUUUUUUGGGAAAGAUGUAUGCAGAGGGGUGUGGGGCACAGCCCUCAGAUUCCACCAAUGGAUGGUGGUUAGGGAUCAACUCCCAUUUUGGGGACAAAUUUAAAGGAACUGGUAAAGCGGUUUUCAGUCAUUCAGUGGUGUUAUUUUUAAAAGUCUUUACUGCUGAAGUCUACGUUUGUUCUUCGAUACCAAAAGGUCCUAUUAUUAAGAUGGAGAACGAAUCAUAUGGGAUCCAGGUAAACGGUAACAGUGUCCACCACGUUAACGGGAGCCUCUACCAGGCAAAAAUGAAAAGCAGGAAGCCCAAAUGGAAUAUUAAAGCCUCUGAGAUGUCCAGAAAAACAUUUAACCCUAUCAGGGCUAUCGUGGACAGCAUGAAUGUUGAACCGAACCCAAGGAAAAAUAUGAUAGCGUUGUCUAUAGGUGACCCAACCAUUUUUGGAAAUCUUCCCACUGAUGACAAUGUUCUACAAGCCAUGAAGGAAGCUAUUGAUUCAAAGAAAUUUAAUGGCUACGCACCUGCGAUAGGUUAUCAGAAAAGUCGGGAGGCCGUUUCCAAUUUCUACAGUUGCCCAGAAGCCCCUCUGGAUGCCAAGGAUGUUAUCCUUACAAGCGGGUGCAGUCAAGCUAUUGAGUUGGCGAUUGCUGUGCUGUGCAACCCCGGUCAGAACAUCUUGGUACCCCGCCCAGGCUUCUCUCUGUAUAAAACACUGGCAGUCUCCAUGGGUAUUGAUGUCAAACUCUACAAUUUACUGCCUGAAAAAUCCUGGGAAAUCGAUCUGAAACACCUGGAAUCGUUAAUUGAUGAUAAGACUGGCUGCGUUAUUGUGAACAAUCCUUCUAACCCCUGUGGGUCUGUCUUCAGCAAAUCACACCUUCAGAAGAUCAUCACGGUUGCUUCCAGAAACUGUAUCCCAAUACUGGCUGAUGAAAUCUAUGCUGAAAUGGUCUUCUCCGGAUGCAAGUAUACCUCUGUAGCUUCUCUGAGCGCGGAUGUCCCAAUCCUGUCCUGUGGUGGUUUAGCGAAGCGGUGGCUUGUACCUGGAUGGAGAAUGGGGUGGAUUCUGAUUCACGACAGAAAAAAUGUGUUUGGCAAUGAGAUAAAGGAAGGCUUAGUCAGGCUAAGCCAGAGAAUUUUGGGUCCAUGCACAAUUGUUCAGGGAGCACUGGAAACCAUCAUUAAUAAAACGCCUCAAGAAUUUUAUGAUAACACCAUCAGUUUCCUAAAGUCCAAUUCAGACAUCUGUUACAGUGCUCUGUCUACUGUUGCUGGCCUCAGGCCAAUCAAGCCGUCAGGUGCUAUGUAUCUGAUGGUUGGAAUCAAUAUGGAGCACUUCCCAGAGUUUGAGAGUGAUGUGGAUUUCACAGAGAAGUUAAUAGCAGAGCAGUCGGUCUUCUGCCUUCCUGCCACGUGCUUUGAGUACCCAAACUUCUUCAGGAUCGUGGUGACGGUGCCUGAGGAUAUGAUGUUGGAGGCAUGCACCCGGAUCAGGGAGUUCUGUGAACAGCAUUACCGUCAGCACGCAGACAGCAUCAUACAAGACGUAGAGUGUGACAAGUGAAGUGUGUGUAGUGAUGCCGCUGCUGGGAACAUGGAACGCUUGAUUUCAGUCAUAUUCAACUCACAAACUCAGGAAAAAGUUCAUUAUGAAUUGUGGACAUUAUUUGAAAGUGUUACCAACAACUUUUUAAAAUAAUACCUACCAGGAAAAUGAGUCAUACUCCAGCUACAAGGAUAGAUUGUAAGCAUCUGCCCAUAUAGCAACACUUCAGUCAAUUAAGUGAGGACCCUGUAAAUGUACUCUGACCUACCAAAAAUAUAUUAAACACUUUAUACGUUGUGCCGUCCCCAUUUCCCUUGACUUUUGGAAUAACACACCCAGGGCAUAGAUUUCAUUGGCAGAUCUCUUUUGGACAAGAUUGAGGUGCUUCCUUUGAGUUGAUUGAUUGGUAGACCAGAUAUUAAAUUGGGAUGGCAUUUUCAUAGCCAGGUACAAUUUGGUAUGGAGUUUCUACAUUUUCUGGUAAAAAAAUAAGUAAGAACAACUUUUCAUGAUUCUUACACCUGAUUGGCUGACCAUUUGGAAGUAUAAUUAAGAAUAGCUUGCUCAGUUUUCCUAAAACUAUAAAUGGUAAUUAAUUCUGGAGGUAUUUCCUCAUGAUAGUGAUUGCGCUAAUGUAUUUACUGUUGAAAUUCAAAAGCUUUUAAAAUACAAUUUGGUCUUACUUUUGACUGUCGCAUUAAACUUGUCCUUGACUAUUCUUUGUAACCUGCAAAAUGCAACAGUUUGUGUAGGUCAUUUACAUCAUGAUGCUUUAUCUGAAGUGCAGUUAACAGUUAUUAUCUUGUAUUUUGUAAAUAUGAACGUUAUUGUUAUUUAAUCCUACUACUUUUAAUAUGAGGGUGCCUUGCCUCAUCAUGGUUUGUACCAAAUGUAUUUUAAAACAUUUCUAUAUGUUUAUGAACCAAUAUCAACAUAAAUGCCAGAAAAAUGCUCUCAUAAAAAAAUGUUACUUACUACUUGUAUUUUAAUAUAUGUAGAAAUAAUAGAACAAAACUAUAUUUGACAAAUGUUUUGACUAGAAAUGCUUUUAAAUCAUGUAUUUCUGUUAGUCACCUGGUUCAACUGUUUACUGCUAUGGUUUAUUCAGACAGUAAAUGUGUGAAAUUGGUAAGAAUGGCUUUAGUUGGCAUGUGCUGUAUUUUAUAUAUGACUAAAUACAUAAUAAAAUAUUAUAGCAUUUAAUUUUCAGCUUUCAAUAUUUACUUUUAUUCACAAUUUUUUUUUUACCAGUGUUAACUGUUAAAUGUUAAUCACUGUUUUUAUACUUCAGUACAUUGUAUUUAGCUUGACAUCAGUUAUAUUCCUGUUCAGCGCUUCGUUUGUUUUCAGUUGCCAGUUCCAAAAAAAGACUUUUGUAAUGUUUAAAAAAAACCUUAAUAAUAAAAAAAAAUCGUGUGAAACUGAA